AUGUCUGACGUUGAGCAGCUCACCUCGUCCAAGCUCGGUACCAAACAGUACUGGGACGAAUUUUACAACCUCGAGAAGAACAACUACGCCGAAAACCCCAACGAUUCUGGAGAAUGUUGGUUCAGUGACUCUGGAGCAGAAGAGAAGAUGGUGGACUUCCUUGUUGACGAGGAAGAGCAGGGCCAGGGCGAGUCUCUGAUUUCCUUGGACUGUAAAAUGUGCGAUCUGGGCACAGGAAAUGGACGACUGCUGUUUAGUAUCCGAGAGGGGGGAUUCACUGGUCACUUGACUGGGCUGGACUACUCUCAGCCUGCUGUGGAGUUCUCCACCAAGAUUGCCGAGCAGGAAGAGAUGGAAAACAUUACUUUUGAGCAUGCGGAUUUUCUGGGAGAUGCCGCUAUGUGGUCGACUGGCAACCGACAAUGGGACGUUGUGCUGGACAAGGGUACUUUGGACGCCAUUGCCCUGUCUGAUAUUAAGUAUGAGGGCAAGACUGGCGUGCAAACAUACCCCCAUGUCGUUCAGCAUAUGGUCAAGACUAGGGGUGUUGUUCUUAUCACCAGCUGCAACUUCACUUCGGACGAGCUCGUCAAGAUCAUGACUACAGACACCUGUCUCAAGGAGUGGAAGCAUGUCAAAUACCCUUCUUUCCGGUUCGGAGGCACCGACGGAUCCACCGUGUGCACCAUUGCAUUCAAGAAGGAGUAG